AUCCAGUGCUAAUUAAAAAAAAGGAGAAAUAAAUGACGCUCUUUCGAAAUCGCAUCUAGGGUUUCACGGUAGAUCCUCCGGUCCACUGCAGCAAAUCGUCGAUCUCCCACUUCAUCUCUGUCCCACCUCCGUCGACCUCCAGUCCACUACAACCGUCCCACAUCCGUCGACCUCCAUUCCACCGCAAUCGUCGUUUCACCGGAGAGUCGGAGACCCCAAUUGCAGCCACCACCGCCGUUCGCAACCACCACGACCGCUCGCAACAACCACCACCAAGAGCCGGUGCUCUGCGUGUGGGUAUCCUGCUGCUUGUGUUAGAAAGUUAGGUAUCAUAAUAUAUCUGUUCAUUUGGUUCCUCGGUGACCGACUUGAAAGUUCUAGCAUUUGGCUGUGAAAAGUCUCAACACCAAAAAAAGAAGACACCAGUGAAAUAAAUUCUGCAAGUUAUAAAUGGGUAACGAUUCCGAAGAUAAAACUCGCAGAGAGAGACGGAAAGAAACUCGAUUGCAAAAAAAGAAGAAAAAGUUUGACACGUGGGUUCAACAUCAUAAAUUAAAAAAGACAAUGAGCAAUCAGAAGGCAGAAAAUAUGCAGAAAAAUACUCUAACCGCAGAAGAGAAGGAAUCGAUUAGUGGAGAUUUAAAUAAACCAUCAAAACCUGAAUUUGAAGAGUGUAUGGAAACUCAGAAUAAUGGUAUUUCUGCUGAUACAGAAGGGGGAGAAGCUUCUAGAAACAGUAGUUCUUCACAUAAGAAACAUAAGAGGACAGUAUCAUCAAGAAACGAUGACCAACUAAAUACGUCUUUGGAACCGACGAGGAAAAAGAAAGCAAAAUUUGAAAAAUAUAUGGAACUGGAAAACAAUGGUGUCACUUGUGCAAAGGAGGAUCUUGCAUUGGAAAGAAAACUUGCAAAAAAACUCAAAGUGAAAAAUAGGAAAUUAGGGGGAGAUGAAGAUGGACUCAACAUGUUAUUUGAAGGAUUUGAGUCUUUGGAGACCGAAGACAUGGAAGAAGCUUCUAUAAGAAACAUUUCAAGGAAUAAGAAGAGUUCAAAGAAGGAUGCUGAGAUUAAAAGCGAUGAUUUGGUUGAAGAACUUGAAACUGAACUUGCAACUGAAUAUGAAAAUAAUGAUGCUCAAGCUUUGGUUAUGGAAAAACAUGCAAAGUAUGUGCCACCUCAGCUAAGAUCUAUGUCCAGAAAUGAAUCGGAAGAAUAUUCACAAAUUCGAAAACGUGUACGCGGCCUUUUAAAUAGGUUGGGUGAAUCAAAUGUGGAAGGAAUUACAGGGGAGAUGUCUUCAAUUUUCCAGUCUAUUAGCCGCAGUGUUGGUGCUCAAAUUAUCAGUGAAGAAAUUCUGACAUCAUGCUCAAGCGGACCUCGUGGCAACGAACAAUAUGCUGCUGUUUUUGCAGCUUUAGUUUCUGGGUUGGCUUGCUUGGUUGGGAUUGACUUUGGUGCAAAGCUGCUUGCUUCACUUGCAAAGUGUUUUGAGGAUGAGUAUCAGAAGGAAGACAAUCUUUCCUUGCGGAAUUUGACUCUCCUUCUCUCUUAUUUGUAUAUAUUUGGAGUUUGCUCAAGUGAUUUAAUAUAUGAUUUCAUGAUGAUGCUGAGCUCACGGUUGACUGAGGUUGAUGUUUCUACUAUCUUGACAGUUCUAAAUUGUUCUGGGAUGAGAUUGAGGAGUGACGACCCGACCACCAUGAAAAACUUUAUUGUUAGCAUCCAGAACAAGGUGACAGAACUCAAGACUAUGUCUGGAGAUAGCCAGGGAAACACUACAAGUAAAAGAAUGGAGUUCAUGCUUGAAACCAUAUUUGACAUCAAGAACAACAAAAAGAAAGCUAAAGAGGAAUCCUUACAACAUACUCGCAUCAAGAAGUGGCUUCAAAAGUUGAGGGUAGAAAGUAUUUUAGUUCGAGGAUUGAAAUGGAGCAAGCUUCUUGACCCUGAGAAAAAAGGUCAAUGGUGGUUAUCUGGAGAGAUGAUGUCAUCUACUACAAAUGGUAGUACGAUUGAAAAUUAUGCAAAAAAGAUGGAUAAAGAGAGCUCAGAAGCUCAAAAAAUGCUUCAACUUGCUGCCGGACAGAGAAUGAAUACAGAUGCAAGAAGGGCGAUAUUUUGUAUAAUUAUGAGUGGGGAGGAUUAUAUUGAUGCGUUUGAGAAAUUGUUGCGGUUGGAUUUGCAAGGGAAGCAGGAUAGAGAGAUGAUGCGGGUCCUUGUGGAGUGCUGUCUGCAGGAAAAAGUAUUCAACAAAUAUUAUUGUGUUCUGGCUUCAAAGUUAUGCAAUCAUGACAAGAAUCACAAGUUCACAUUACAGUAUUGUAUAUGGGACCAGUACACGGAAUUAGAAUCGAUGCAGCUAAUGAGAUCAAUGCACCUGGCAAAGUUUAAAGCAGAAGUGGUGUCCAGUUUUACACUUUCACUUGCAGUUUUGAAAAAAGCAGAUCUACACGACACCACAAAACUCACUUGCAGAAAAAUUAUGCAUUUUAAGAUGUUUUUUGAGGCUGUUUUUGAGUAUGCCGAUAAUGUUGUCUGGAAUAUAUUCAAACGUAUAGCAGGGGGUGGGUCCGGACAGUAUGAAACCCUUAGAACCGGGAUUAAGUUUUUCAUCGAAAGGUAUGUUUUGGGGAAUGAAAAACAAUUUGCAGGGAAGUACAAAAUUGCCAAGAAAGCCCUUAAGAGUGUUGAAGAAGAAGAAGAAGACCCCUUUCUUUAAAAGGAAAUUUUGUAGUUAGAAUUAAACUUGUCUUUUUAUAUGUUUUGAUUGCUUCUGUUGUGGACAUAUUUUCUUAUUGUUGAAGAAACUUAUUUAAUUGAACAUAACGUGGAUGUCAACUACGGCUUUGUUUAAGCAAUAGCUUACUUGAAUCAUCGUUUGACUUUU